ACAAACCCGAAUACACCGUCAGAAUAGCAAACAGAAACGAAAGAAUAGUCUUAGUUAAGCAUUUUCGUUCCAACUGUGUUAUGUGAAGUAGUUUGCUAAAGUAUCUUAGAGUUAUUUUCAGAGCGUACGUGCUCCAAUCAAGCUCGAACAGCAAACAGUAAGAUAAAGCAUCAUGUCCAAAAAACCUAGCCUAUAUCAACCGAAAGGUAGCGGUUUCGGUCUGAUUUUGUUCUUAGCGCUCAGCCAUACGGUUUCAUUGGUAAAUAGCGUAGAGUUAACCUUCGAAUUGCCAGAUAAUGCACGGGAAUGCUUCUACGAAGAAAUACUGAAGAACCAGUCGGCGACGCUAGAGUUUCAGGUCGUUAGCGGAGGACGAUAUGACGUCGACCUUACUUUGGAAAGCCCAACAGGCGAAGUGAUCUACCGGCAAAAGCAAACACAGUUCGAUUCGUAUAACUUUGUCGCUGCGGCAACCGGCAUCUACACGGCAUGCUUCAGCAACGAGUUUUCCACGUUUUCUCACAAAAUUGUCUACAUGGACUUUCAAGUAGGCGAUGAGCAGCCCCUACCGGGCUUGGAAGAACACGCGACUGUGCUUACACAGUUGGAGUCAUCCGCCCAGGAAAUUCAUAAAGGCCUCAACGCCAUUCUUGACUAUCAAACACACCAUCGGCUGCGUGAGGCUCAGGGUCGGAAACGCGCUGAAGAUUUGAACGAGAGAGUGUUGUGGUGGUCAUUGACUGAAACGGCAGCUAUCCUCCUAAUUGCCAUCGGACAGGUGCUUGUGUUGCGAAACUUCUUUUCCGAAAAGAAACCAAGCCAAAUGAAUUAUCCUCUUAUGAAGUAAUAAACUUGUCGUCGUCAUCACAAAAUUGACACAAUCUAUAAGAAGCCUUUUAAGAAAUACGGGAACGAUGUCCUUUGUGCUCGUGAUCCGGUGUCUCUACUGUUUUAGUUUUCAAGCGAACAUGCCGCAGAUAGUUUUCCUAGGAGAUACAGCGAAGUGUAAAACAAAGGAAGAACGCAUUGAUCUUGAUGUACGUGGAUAGAUAAUUUAAUAAAAUACACACCAAAUGAA